AUGGACCCGAUCAGAUCGCCGACUGUGUCGCAUUUGGAAACAAUGAAGAAAUCGAGGUGUCUAUUGGAGCCAAACGCCUUGUUGAAAUUCUGCGCCUGCAAAACCGAGUCGGUGCCCACUAGGGCCUCGCCGACCAUGAUGAUUUUGUCAGGGUUGGCCGCUUUGGCAAACGAUGCCAGUGGAGCCAUCAACUGUGUGUCGUUGUGUCUUCUUCCGGCCGUAUCGAGCAAAACGAUGUCGAAAUUGUUCUGCUUGGCGUACUUGAUGGCCCCCGUGGCGAUCUUGGCAACCAGGUCUGCUCCUCCGUAUCCGCCCUCGAACAGCUCGAUCUGUUUCUGGUCAGGAGACAGUUUCGUGAGAUUGUUGACGUGGGUGCGCAAUUGCUCCACAGCCCCGGAUCUGAAGGUAUCGCACGCAGUGAUCAGGACACGGUAG